UUCAGAUCGGACUGCUUCGUCUACGAACACUCUUCUACCUCAGCUCCUCAUCGGAGCCUCUCAUCGGAAAUAAUGGCUCUCCCGACGGCGUUUCGAGGUUCUUUGAUUUUCUUCUUCAUUGCGAUUUCUACAGUUUACGGUGUCUCCGCGGAUUCGAUCAAGGGAUGCGGUGGUUUUGUCGAGGCGAGUUCGUCUUUGUCCAGUUCACGGAAAGCGGGCGAUGGGAAACUGGAUUAUUCUCACAUCACGGUUGAGCUUAGAACAGUAGAUGGAUUGGUUAAGGACCAAACACAGUGUGCUCCAAAUGGGUACUAUUUCAUCCCCGUAUAUGACAAGGGCUCGUUCAUUCUCAGAAUAAAUGGACCUGAAGGAUGGUCUUGGAACCCGGAUAAGGUCCCUGUUGUUGUUGAUGAUUCUGGUUGCAACAACAAUGAGGAUAUUAAUUUCCGCUUCACGGGUUUUACCUUAUCUGGCAAAGUCCUUGGAGGUGUUGGUGGGGAGAGUUGCGUGAUAAAGAAUGGAGGUCCAUCGGGUGUGAAUGUUGAAUUGUUUUCCCCAAACGAUGAUCCAAUUGCUUCUGUUGUCACAUCAUCAGAUGGAAAUUAUUUAUUCAAGAACAUCAUUCCAGGUAAAUACAAAAUCCGUGCAUCCCAUCCAGAUCUGAAGGUUGAAGUUCGAGGUUCCACGGAGGUGGAACUCGGGUUUGCAAAUGGCAUGGUUGAUGACAUAUUCUUUGUCCUUGGGUAUGACCUCAAGGGUUCAGUUGUCGCUCAGGGGAAUCCAAUCCUGGGUGUUAAUGUAUAUCUGUACUCAGAUGACGUUGCUGAGGUAGAUUGUCCCCAAGGAUUUGGUGAUGCUUCUGGAGAAAAGAAAGCUCUCUGCCGUGCUGUGUCUGAUGCUGACGGAACUUUCAGUUUCAAGUCAAUCCCCUGUGGAAAGUAUGAACUGGUACCAUACUACAAGGGUGAGAACACAGUCUUUGAUAUUUCACCUUCUGUAUUGCAUGUGUCCGUCGAGCAUCAACAUGUAACUACUCCCCAAAAAUUUCAGGUAACUGGCUUUUCCAUUGGGGGUCGUGUAGUUGAUGGAUAUGGCAUGGGAGUUGAGGGUGUGAAAAUCUUAGUAGAUGGUAAUCAAAGAUCUGUCACUGACAAGGAGGGUUAUUACACGCUUGAUCAGGUUACGUCAAAUCACUAUACGAUAGAGGCGAUUAAGGAGCACUACAAGUUUGACAAGCUGAAGAAAUUCUUGGUUUUGCCGAAUAUGGCUUCACUUCCGGAUAUCAGUGCUGUAUCUUAUGAUAUCUGUGGUCUAGUACGAAUGUUUCGUUCUGGUUACAAGGCAAAGGUAGCUUUGACUCAUGGACCCACGGAUGUCAAACCGCAAAUGAAGCAGACGAGUGAAAGUGGAACUUUCUGUUUUCAGGUUCCACCAGGUGAAUACCGGCUAUCUGCUUUGUCUGCUACACCAAAGACUUCUUCUGAGCUUCUGUUUGUACCAGCUUAUGUGGAUGUUGCUGUCAAAAGUCCCCUUUGUUUUCUUUCUUUUUGCCCUUUUUUUUGUAAAUUGAUUCAGGCACGAGUCAAUAUUCAUGGGUCUGUUACUUGCAAGGAGAAAUGUGGCCUUUCUGUUUCGGUGACGCUUGUGGGAGUGGCUGGAAACCGUGACAAGAAGACAGUUGCUUUAACUGAUGAGAGCAAUGAAUUUCAUGUUUCAGACGUCUUGCCUGGCAAAUAUAGGCUUGAGGUCAAAAACAUUAUGCCGGAAGCCGCUUCAAAGGAAGAUAGUUGGUGCUGGGAGCGCAGCUCCAUUGAUGUGGAUGUUGGAACUAAGGAUGUUGAAGGGAUUGAAUUUGUCCAAAAAGGUUAUUGGAUUAAUGUUAUUUCCACCAAUGAUGUGGAUGCUAGUAUGAUUCAGCCCAAUGGAUCACCGACUGAUUUGAAAAUUAAGAAAGGUUCUCAGAAAAUAUGUGUUGAAUCACCCGGGGAGUACGAACUACAUUUUUCCAACUCAUGCAUUUCCUUUGGGAGUGAUUCAGUGAAGAUAGAUGUGUCAAAACCACAGCCUGUUCAUCUCAAGGCAGAGAAGUACCUCCUCAAAGGUGUGAUAAAUGUAGAGUUCAGCUCAACUCAUAUCGAGUCUGAAUUGCCUGAGAGUUUCGUUGUUGACAUUCAAGACAAGGAAGGAAAUGUUGUCGAGAGUAUUGCUGCCAAACUUGCAUCUGAUGAGCAUGGCGUUUAUGAGUACAAUCUAUGGGCACAUCUUGGAGAAAAGAUUAAUUUUAUUCCUCGGGAUUCUAGGAGUGAUGUAGAGAAGAAGAUCUUGUUUUAUCCUAAACAACAUCAUGCUGUGGUGUCAAAUGAUGGAUGCCAAGCUUCAGUUUCCCCAUUCACUGGUCGACUUGGCCUUUACAUACAAGGAUCAGUUUCUCCUCCUCUUUCUGGUGUUCAUAUUAAGGUUCUUGCCGCCAAAGAUAGCCAUAUUUCUCUACUCAAGAAAGGUGAAUUAGCUGUUGAAACUAGCACUUCAGCAGAUGGUUCAUUUGUUGCUGGGCCUUUGUACGAUGAUAUAACUUAUGAUGCCGAGGCUUCAAAGCCUGGCUACCACAUAAAAAGACUCGGACCAUAUUCCUUCUCUUGUCAGAAGCUUGGUCAGAUCUCCGUCCGUGUAUAUAUCAAGGAUGAUGAAGAGAAUCCAAUACCUUCGGUGCUAUUAUCAUUAAGUGGUGAUGAUGGCUACAGAAAUAAUUCUGUAUCUGGUGUUGGUGGACAAUUCAUAUUUGAUAGCUUAUUUCCAGGGAAUUUCUAUUUGCGUCCACUGCUUAAGGAGUAUGCUUUUUCACCUUCAACACUCGCUAUAGAACUUGGAUCUGGGGAAUCUAGGGAAGCUGUCUUUGAGGCCACUCGGAUUGCCUACAGUGCUAUGGGUAGAGUCGCUCUUGUAUCUGGUCAACCAAAAGGUGUUUCAAUUGAAGCUCGGUCUGAGUCCAAAGGGUACUAUGAGGAGACGACGAGUGAUUCGAAUGGAAAUUAUCGUUUGAGAGGACUGCAUCCAGAUACAACUUACGUAAUCAAAGUGGCGAGAAAGAACGGUUCAGGCAACAAUGGAAUUGAACGCGCAUCACCUGAUUCGGUUUCUAUUAAGGUUGGUUAUGAAGAUAUGAAGGGGCUCGACUUUUUGGUAUUCGAACAGCCAGAAACGACAAUAUUAACUUGCCACGUUGAAGGACAGCGCAGCGAUGAACUGAACUCGGAUCUGCUUGUGGAGAUCAAAUCGGCCAGUGGUGAUGGAUCCAACAUAGAGAAUGUGUUUCCACUACCACUUUCAAACUUCUUCCAGGUGAAAGGCUUGUCCCGAGGAAAACACCUUCUUCAGCUUAAAUCAAGUAUUCGUCCAAGCUCCCUCAAACUCGAGUCAGAGAUAAUAGAGGUGGAUCUUGAAACAAACUCCCAAAUCCACAUUGGCCCUCUUCGGUACACUCUCACGGCAGAUCAUCAGAGUCAGGAUGUGACAGCAGCACCUAUUUUGCCACUCGUAGUUGGUGUUUCAGCAAUUGCUCUUUUCCUCAGCAUUCCCAGGUUGAAAGACGUAUACCUGGCAGUUGUUGGGACACCGUCCUCGGGUUUUGUUUCUUCAGCCAAGAAGGAACCACGAAAGCCCGUUGCUAGGAAGAAGGCAUUCUGAGGAUUUCAUCACCUUUUAGUUUAGCCGAUGUGAGAGGUUCAUAUCUCCAAAACUCGGGAACUCUCUCUUCCACAUUCGGAAACUUGCAAGCUGCUUGCAUAGAUUGGAGUUUUGUCACAGCAGCUGACUUCUAGUCAGGACAAUUGAACGGUUUCAUAGGGAACGAUUGCUUCGGGUUAUCCCUUAGAGAGAUGCUUUUACUUAGUUAUGGUUAUCACUGAUUUUUUUUUUGUUCAUCGUAAUCAGGGUUCUGAUUGAAUAGCGACAUCAGAAUUCAUCGCAGGUAUUUUAUUAUGUUCUUCUCUAGUGUUAUUGCUAUUGCUUUGUCUC